CAGCCGCGGAUAGGUGUGAUUGCUCCUAACCCAGGUUUCGGUUUUAAUCUGGGGCUGCUGCCUCUUCGCAGCCUGCACUUAAUGUAGCGCCCGCGGUUGACCGAACUCCGCCGUAGGGCUCCGGUGAGAUGGGGUACAGACGGCAGGAGACCUCGGUUGUCCAUUCUUGGAAGCAAAUCCUCGAACAGAUUUCACAGAAUUCCUUUUAGGGAGCGGUGAGAGGUUCGAGGAGGGAAAACCUUUAGGUCCAGGAUGAGGCUAAGAUGGAAGGGAUAGGGAGGGGUAAGAUCGUAGACCAGAAUUUGUCUUCGUGUAUUAAGCAAUUAGUUUCCUCGGACGUGUGACGGGCAAUUCUGCAGUAACAGACUUUUUCCAGAAUGAAAAAAAAUGGGUUGUGUUAUCUUUGAACGGAGUGAUACUCAUGAAUGAGGUAUACGCUUGACCUCAUCACCCUGAGCUCUGAUUGGCUGGGCUGUGAUUUGUUACCUGAACCUACUUUGUUGAUUCAUGCCGAGGGUGAAUCACCCAAAGACGCCCGGUGCAGGGGUUGCUCAGAGGCAGAGAUGAGUGUGAUCGCUGGUAUUUACCAGCCUGUAUGCUCACGGUAUGUGGUGACGGUGGGUGGGCAACUGUUCAGCAAGGGGAUUCAUGUAGGUGGUGGGCUGUUUUGGAGAAGGGAACCCUAUCUUUGGCAGAGGAUUCAACUUGCGUGCAAUUCUUGGAUAAGUCAUUACCUUCAUGCCCAGGCACCACGUACUGACCUGUAGUGGCAAGCUUGAAUGCCAGCAAAGAGGCCUCAGUGCUUGUAAACUCAACUUAAAAGUCUAGGGCCAAAGGCCGAACUCUGAGUGCACUGGGGAAGUUGAAGGCCCGAACAAUGCCUGCAAAUGUCCGCUGGAGACUGGAGGGCAAAGAAGAUGGCCUGCCCUGGGGUUAGAGGACUGUGUAUGUGCUUGGGUGGGUGAGAGAGAGGAACUGGACUUGUUUUUGCUGUUUAUUGCUUUGUCAGGUUCAGCUUCAAGUUCCAGCUCGUCAUGCCGAUAUACAGCUCAACGAAACAUCAUUCCUCGGGGGCCAGAAGGUGCAAAACACAGUGCAUGUAGUCACACACAGCCCAGACAGUCACAAAAUAAUAUCAGCACAAGCCCCUGAGUGGCCCGACCUGGAGAGUGACAGGUUGACAUAAGAUCCCGAUGAGUGUGAACGCCCAGACGUCACUGCCCUCUCACCAGGCCCAGCUGAAGAGAUUAGACUUUGAUGACUCGGAUGAUCCCGACCUUCCCAAAUGCAAGCGGGCACGUUUGAGCCAGCUCUCCAUCCCGGCCCUAUCACCGUGUCUCGGAUCACCAUCCCCCACACCCUCCUCCUCAAACGAUGACAACAGUGUGUCACGCAUCGGUCCCUACCUCCUCCUCAACCCCACAGAGACUAACAAUUGCUACCGAGCCAUCCACACUGACACAGAAGAGGAAUAUAUCUGUAAGGUCUACGCCAUGAAGCACUACAGCGAGGUGGUAGCGCCAUACGCCCGCCUCCCGCCUCACCCCCAGGUGGGGCAGAUGGCCGAGGUGAUCGCAGGCGACCGGGAGGCCUACGUGUUGUUCCCGCGGGGCCACGGCGACAUGCACUCCUACGUGAGGACCUGCAAGCGGGUCCAGGAGGAGGAAGCGGCCACACUUUUCCAGCAGAUGGUCCAAGCAGUGGCCCAUUGCCACCGCCACGGCAUCGUCCUCCGAGACCUCAAGCUCCGGAAAUUUGUCUUCACUGACAGGCGAAGGAACAAGCUGAGGCUGGAGACCCUGGAGGACUCCUUUAUCCUCAAGGGAGAGGAUGACUCUCUGACGGACAAACACGGCUGUCCCGCCUACGUUGGGCCAGAGAUCCUCAAUAGCAAGCAGUCGUACUCAGGGAAGGCUGCCGAUAUCUGGAGCCUGGGCGUGGUGCUGUACACUAUGCUGGUGGGCCGUUACCCAUUCCAGGACACCGAACCAGCCGCCCUGUUCAAUAAGAUACGACGCGGACUUUUUACCAUUCCAGAGAGCCUCUCCCCCAAAGCCAGGUGCCUUAUCCGGUGUCUCCUGCGGCGCGACCCAGCUGAUAGACUGACGGCCAGCGAGAUCCUGGACCACCCCUGGUUCAAUUCCAACUUCAACGUCCCCUGCAACUCCAACUUGGCCCCACUGACAGAUCAGCUGGUCCCAGAUGUUUACAGUGGGGACCUGAACGAUAUGUAAAGGUUUUUUUUGUUACGAUCGACAAAGAAAGAUAUUUACAAAGGAGAGUCACGUUUUGCCUCCGUUGACUGUGAAGUGGAUAGAUAUUUCAAACUUAAUGUCCGUGGGGUGCUCUGAAGGGGGUGUCUAACCACAGGGUAUCUGGUAUACCCAGUAAUCAGAGGUGGGCUGUCUUCUCACCAGAGGCAUUUGUAGGUGUUUGGAUGGGGCAAGGUGCACAGUUGAUACUCUACCCCUUUCAAAGCUUUUCCUAAGAGGACAGAUGGGUAGGAACCUCUGGAAGAUGCCGAGAUCCCCACUGAAAAUAAUCACUGAGGGAGAGAAGUCCCAGUCCAUUUGGUGAGGUGUGAUCUAAAACCAUUAACUGGCAGUCCAUUCUAUCACCUGGUAGAGGUAGUAGCAUUACCAGGUUAAAACUGGACAAUCAAAGUCCUUAUUAAUUCUGCACUCUUAGGAGACUUGGGGCAGGACGUGAGGCUCUCUGCUGCCACGAUGUGAUUUCUCCAAUCUCCCACCAGCCAAAAGCAAGUUGCCCAGGUGGUAAAUGUGAAGGAAGAAGGAGCUGCUCUGAACUCAGCCCUUUUCAUCGCACAAAACUGAAGGAUUCUUGCGGCACAGCCAGAACUGCUUUGUGUGUAUGGUGCCAUCUUGCAGUUAUGGCGUGCUGUUCUGGGAAUCAUGCAGACACUCGAUACUUGAUUACUUUUGAAGCCUCUUCAGUGUUUACAGACCAGAAUGCAGAGAGUUUGACUCUCCCUUUGUGGUCACAACUGCUCUAAAAGGGAGUGGACAUCAAAUCCCUGCUGCCUUUUGAUUUACAGCAGCUUCUGGAACAUACACAAAGGACCCUUGUGUCAGGCUGCCCUUUUGGCAAUGGUGGUCAGUGGUCACUUGGUGUCCUGCUUUUGACACUUGCAGUCAACGUACAAUUGGAUGGCAGCAACCUUGUCUAGAAGCGAGCUGAUGCCUCCCUUGUGAGCAUAGAACUGGCCAAAGCGUUAGUCAACGUGUUCUACGACAGGAAAAGCGGCCAAACCUGCUUCAGUCAUGACUUGCCAAAAAUAAAGUGUAGAUAAUACUUUCCUGCGGUGGCUCUUUGCGGAGAGGGUGGGCUGGGUGCGUCUGUCAGUGAGGACUGAUGUCAGCCUUCUUAUUCCUAAACAGACUGUGCACCAUAAUGGCCAAAAACCACAAAUGACAGGACUUAAUCUUUUGCAGGUUUUUUCUUUGUACAGGAUAUUACUGAUGACAAGUUGUUGUAAAUGUUGGUACAAUGCACACAACAAAAACACUACAUUUUGAAUUCGUGCGUCUAUGAACUGACUGUAUAUUUGUCAAUUUCAAUUAAAAAAUGUGUAUUUUU